UUUUACGUCAUCAUGGGAUUUCCUCUUGUUCACAACAAUCAUGGCGACGUCUUUCAGAUUAGGCCUCAUUCAGCUUGCAGUUGGAGCAUCGAAGGCUGACAACAUUGCCAGAGCAGUGAGAUCCAUCAAAGAGGCCGCCAGUGGAGGGGCCAAGAUUGUCGCUUUGCCUGAAUGUUUUAACUCUCCAUAUGGUACCAGUUAUUUCCCAGAAUAUGCAGAGAAGAUCCCUGGAGAGUCGACCAAUGCCUUGGCAGCUGCUGCCAGGGAGAGCGAAGUGUUUUUAGUUGGAGGUAAGUUUAAUGAUGGCUCUUAA